UGUUUUUGAGCGUUGGGUCGGGCCUUGCACGGCCUCAAGACCCGCCCCUUCCACUAGCAACGCGCCAAUCGGAAGCGCUGCCGCAGGAAGUGGCCGUUGGAGGUGUGGGUGGGCGUUACAGCAGGCCUUAGGUAUUUCUGGAAAAUCGCUGCGAGGUUGGCGGAAUGCUUCUUCAGGGCGGAGUCCUGUGUGACUAUUGAAUAAAGGCCGGUUGCUUCCCAGUGGAGUUGGCGUUCUGAGGCAUAUAAGGAGACAUGGUUCCCACUGUACUUCCACAGCACAUCUAAGUUUUAUCUUGUUUUGGGUCCUUAUCUUAUGCCACAAUGCAGCAAGCUCUAGAACAAGCCUUGGAUCGUGCAGAGUAUAUCGUUGAAAGUGCUCAGCAGAGACCUCCUAAAAGGAAAUACCUGUCUGGUGGAAGAAAGUCUAUAUUUCAAAAACUUUAUGACUUAUAUGUUGAAGAAUGUGAAAAAGAACCUGAGGUUAAGCAGAAAUUAAGAAGAAAUGUGAACUUGUUAGAGAAGCUUGUUAUGCAAGAGACUUUGUCGUGUUUAGUGGUCAAUCUGUACCCAGGAAAUGAAGGGUAUUCUCUGAUGCUCAGGGGAAAAAACGGAUCAGAUUCUGAGACCAUCCGAUUGCCUUAUGAAGAAGGGGAAUUGCUUGAAUACUUAGAUGCAGAAGAAUUACCUCCUAUUUUGGUUGAUCUCCUUGAAAAAUCACAGGUUAAUAUUUUUCACUGUGGAUGUGUGAUAGCUGAGAUCCGUGACUAUAGGCAGUCAAGUAAUAUGAAGUCCCCUGGCUACCAAAGUAGGCACAUUCUCUUACGCCCAACAAUGCAGACUUUAGUCUGUGAUGUCCAUUCUAUAACAAGUGACAACCAUAAAUGGACCCAGGAAGACAAACUUUUGCUUGAGAGCCAGCUGAUUCUAGCUACAGCAGAACCACUGUGUCUUGACCCAUCUGUGGCAGUAGCAUGCACUGCAAACAGGCUGCUCUAUAACCGGCAAAAGAUGAACACUCGCCCAAUGAAACGGUGCUUGAAGAGGUACUCCAGGUCCUCCCUGAACCGGCAGCAGGACCUCUCUCACUGCCCUCCUCCCCCUCAGCUGAGAUUACUUGAUUUCUUACAAAAGCGGAAGGAAAGGAAAGCAGGUCAGCAUUAUGACCUCAAAAUUUCCAAGGCAGGAAAUUGUGUAGACAUGUGGAAACGGAGCCCCUGUAACUUGGCUGUGCCUUCUGAAGUAGAUGUGGAGAAAUAUGCUAAAGUGGAGAAAUCCAUCAAAUCUGAUGACUCACAGCCAACAAUGUGGCCAGCUCAUGAUGUAAAAGAUGAUUAUGUGUUUGAAUGUGAAGGUGGUAAUCAGUAUCAGAAAACAAAGCUGACCAUCUUGCAGUCUCUUGGUGAUCCACUUUACUAUGGUAAAAUACAGCCAUGGAAAGCAGAUGAAGAAAACGACAGCCAGAUGUCUCCAUCUCACUCCUCUGCUGAUGAUCAUUCAAAUUGGUUUAUUAUUGGGUCAAAGACUGAUGCAGAGAGGGUAGUUAAUCAGUACCAGGAGUUGGUCCAGAAUGAAGCCAAAUGCCCAGUGAAGAUGUCACACAGCUCUAGUGGUUCAGCCAGUCUCAAUCCAGGGGAGGAGGCAGAAGCGGAGACCUCGUCCAUUCAGUCUUCAGUUUUGGGAAAGGGAGUAAAACAUCGACCCCCACCCAUCAAACUUCCCUCAAGCUCAGGAAAUAGUUCCUCAGGUAACUAUUUCACAGCACAACAGGCCAGCAGCUUCCUUAAAUCUCCAACUCCUCCUCCAUCAUCUAAGCCGAGCCUUUCUCGGAAGUCAUCUGUGGAUCUCAGUCAAGUUAGCAUGCUUUCUCCUGCUGCACUGUCACCUGCCAGCUCAUCCCAGAGAUCUGGAACUCCUAAGCCAUCUACUCCUACACCAACCCCUUCAUCGGCCCCACACCCACCUGAUGCUCAGAACUCAGCUCCUAGUACCCCUUCAGCCACCCCAUCUCCCCAAGAUUCAGGCUUCACCCCUCAGCCCACUUUGUUAACUCAGUUUGCUCAGCAGCAAAGGGCUCUGAGCCAGGCAAUGCCUGUGACAACCAUUCCUCUUUCUACCAUGGUAACAUCAGUAACAACAGGAAGCACGGUCUCCCCGAUCAUGGCAGACUCUGCUGGGCUUGACUCCGUCAGUGUAGUGAGCUCUGCUGGUGGAGCCCAGGCUCUGAAGAGUGGCUCAAACUCCAUGCUGGGCUGUGACACUGGGGCCAUACCUCCUGCAGGAAAAAGCCUGUGCAGCGGCCUUCUGCCCUCAGGAGGUCUCAUAGCAAACACACUGCCUAGUGCCAUGCAGGCAACUCCUCAAGCAGGUAUCCCAUUUGGUUUAAAAAAUACUUCAAGUCUCAGGCCUUUAAAUCUACUCCAGCUUCCUGGUGGUUCACUCAUUUUUAACACCCAGCAGCAACAGCAGCAGCAGCAGCAGCCGCCGCAGCUCUCUCACUUUAUACAACCACCUCAACAGCCUGCAGCUUCAGGUUCCCAACAGCCAGAGGAGCAGGGUUCUGAACAAGGGUUAACUGCUCAAGAACAGGCCUUAACUGCUCAGCAAGCUGCUGUUAUUAAUCUUACUGGAGUAGGAGGCUUUACCCAGUCACAAGCAGCCGUGUUGUCUCAGCUUGGCUCUGCCGAGAACAGACCUGAGCAAAGCCUUCCUCAGCAGAGACUCCAGCUCUCCUCUGCCUUUCAGCAGCAGCAGCAGCAGCUACAACAGUUGCGAUUCUUGCAGCACCAAAUGGCUAUGGCAGCAGCAGCCGCACAAACAGCCCAGCUACAUCGUCACCGGCACACAGGCAGCCAGUCAAAGAGUAAAAUGAAGAGAGGCAUGCCUACUCCAAAAUUCUGAGCAAUUUUUUUCUUUCUUUUUUACAAACACAAGACCAUUGAAUGAAAAGAAUUGUAUUUCUACUUCAUUUUUCCCUGAGAUGUCAGUAUUUUACAUUGUUUUACAUUGAUAAGUGUGCACACUUUAUACAGAAGCACAACCUUGUUAUUCUUACGAGACAUGGUUAAAUGUUUUUCUGUACAUACCAAUUGCAGAAAUAACAUAAGUACUAGAAAUAUCUUUCAAAGAAUGUAAUUAGGUAUUUAUUUAGUAUAAAAAGCCUGUGCACAGUGUAACAAAUACAAUUUUUACAGCUGUUUUGCAA